GCUAUGGUAGCAGAGGCUGUGGUUGCUAGGGAGUGAGUCAGGGGUUUGUUAGUGCCCUGUGGGCUUGGGAACUUGUUUCGCUGCUGGACUGUUAACUGCCUGGUGUCGCCGGUACCGAGGGCGCCGUGGGAGUAUACAGCGGGCGCAGACGGGCUCUUUACCGCACUGAAUGCCUCGGAAUCACACAGUGUGUGGGUCAUAAUGUGGGGUAUGAAUAAUGGAGCAUUGCAGCUUACACCUCCUGUGAGCAGAGAUCGAGUAAUAUCUCAUUUUCCAAAGUGGUACACACCUGAGGCCUGCCACCAGUUCAAAGACCAUUUCCAAGCAGAGGUGCGAAACGCCUGUCAGGAAAGGAAUACAGGCCUUGCAGGGCUAAAAAUCUCCAAGGUGGUGAUGGUGGGAGACCUGUACGUUGGGAAGACUUGUCUAAUUAACAGGUUUUGCAAAGAUAUUUUUGACCGAGAUUAUAAGGCAACCAUUGGUGUGGACUUUGAGAUUGAGCGAUUUGAGAUCUGUGGAGUGCCAUACAAUCUGCAAAUCUGGGACACAGCUGGACAAGAGAAAUUUAAAUGUAUCGCUUCAGCUUACUAUCGUGGAGCACAAGUCAUUAUCGUUGUCUUCGACCUGGCUGACAUUAAAACUCUGGAGCACACCAAGCAGUGGCUUGAGGACGCACUGAAUGAAAAUGAACCUGGAUCAUGUUCCAUCUUUCUGGUCGGAACCAAGAAAGAUUUGCUGUCUCCUGCAGAAUGCCAACGGACAGAAGUUGAUGCCAUCAAAGUUGCCACAGAGAUGCAGGCAGAGUACUGGUCUGUCUCUGCAAAAUCAGGCGAAAAUGUGAAGAAGUUUUUCUUCCGUGUUGCAGCACUGGCAUUUGAGCGGUCUGUGUUGAGUGAAUUGGAGAAGAGUAGUAGUGGUCAGACAUCUAGGAUUGGAGAAGGAGACUUCAUCAGAGUGGACAGAAGCUGUUCUGAGAAUUCUGAUAGCCGGGCCCAGCCUGAGAUUGGCUGUUGCUAGUGUUACUAACCUAUGGAAGGAGACAUCUGAGGGGAAUAACAGAGCAGGGAUGAUGAUAUUAUGACCCUUCUAGUAGAUUACUCUUAAUCUGCAGUGACCAGAUAAGCUAAACCGGAAGCUUCACAGCUAACAGUCCAGAAACUGCCAGGUUUGGGAAGACAUGUAAUGGCCUUGAUAUAGGAGAUUUCUUGGAGUCCAUAAGCCUUUCUUACUUUUAAAGAGGAAGCCUCCUCCUGCUCACAGCAUCUGCCUGUAUCCAUUGUUGUGCUGGAGUCAUUCUGCAUCACCCUUUGUUGUUCUGUGUUGGCAUCUGCUGUUGUGCUGUGUCUCUCUUCAUGUUCUUUAGACACACCUGAUGCUGGACUGGACUUUGAAAAGUGCCUCCCUUUGAUGCUCUCCAGCUACACCAGCUGCUGGACUUUUUAUUCUUUACCUUAGAAUUAUUUUCCUAAUCCUGCUUUUGGACUGGAUUUUUUACAUUGUGUUGAGGCUGAAACCCUCAAGUUUGUUUUUUUGUACCUAAUUCUUCUGUGACAGCAUUCUGCAACAGAAUUACAAACAUGUAGAAAAGGCUAUAUAAAAUGACAUUCUAAUGUAUGUAUGGAUAUAGGCAGAUGCUUACACACAACAUUCUAAUGUAUGUAUGUAUGUAGGCAGGCACUUGCACACAACAUUCUAAUGUAUGUAUGUAUGUAGGCAGGCACUUGCA